AUGGCAGGGCGUCGCGGCGCAAAGAUGGAAGACGGCGAUACGACCAAAGGCAGAAUUUUCGCUGUGGACUCUGAUCUGCCGCAUAGCAAGUACGAGACCCGAUCUACGGUUAGGCAAAUGCUGGCACGGUUCGAUGUCAUGGACGCACUGAACGCACAGCAAGCACCACCAGCUGGCCGGCGACCGCAGACGCGCCAGAAGACAGCAGAAGAGUUACAAGAAAAAGAAGAGCCCAAAGUUGACACACAAAGUAGUUCCUCGUCGGGGGAAGACGAAGAUACUCUGACGUCGGCGGAUAUAUUGCAAGACAUCCGGCGACAUUGCUCUCCCUCGACGACAACAGACCCUGCACCGUCAAGUUCCCAGGUGACGACAGCGAGACCUUCAACUCCAGCUCCUUGGCUAAAAGCCUCCCCAAACCACCAAAUUUCGACAAGGCAGCCGAACGAGAAAACAGGACUGCCGUCGCCAUCAUCAGUGUGGGAUGAGCUCGAUGACCUAAAACGGCGAGGGUCUUCCCCUGAUAACCCUUUCGUGCCGCUAACUCCAGCUUUGUCCUCCGACGAGCCUAAGAGCACAACUAUGGUAGCCCAAAAGCUGGAGAAGUCUUCUGGGAAGAGAAAGGCGCGCGCCGACGUUUCUGCGGAACAUAAGAUGCUGCUGGGUCCAUUUGAGAAACAGCUCGACCGGCCAACCCGGGAAGAGAUGAGGGCUGAGGCGUUGGCUCUUGAGAGAGAACAGGGUGAUCUAGGACCAUUGGACAAGAUGAAUAUUUGGUUGAAACGAAGCACUCUUAUGAAGCGGCCAUCCUGGAUGCAGCUUGAAGAGGCGAACGCAUCGAUCCACGCAAUGCGUAACGAGUCACUCGACCCGGCGCAAGUAAAACUUCGUCAAGAACAGGAGGACGAGGCAGCGCGACAAAAGGAAAAGCGACGGAUGGCCAAUAAAGUCCGCUAUGGCCUCUUACAGAACACACAAAAGGAGGAGUAA